AUGGAUAAUGUGAUGAAAAUGAAGUACCGGAUCUUCCUAAAGCGUCUAGCAGAGAGGGGUUGUUUUGCAUCCAAGGCCGUAAUCGACAGGUUCCUGAAGUCGAACUUCGCCGCCGGUCAUCCCUUGUUGUUGAAAACUGCUCAAGAGUAUUCUCGAUUGGAACACAUGGAACGAUUAAGGGUAUUAGCAUCUUAUCCUGGUUUGCGUGAGAGCCUUAUGGGUCACAGUUCCACUGGGAGCGUACCCUUGUUUUACGGUCAUCCUGGUGCUUCGAGUAGCAACGCUGCUCAACAGCCACUUGGCUAUGGACAAUCCCGUUUAUUGUCCAAUCAAACUAACCAGCCACUCUUCCCUGGCAGUGGCAACAUGUUGAACAAUCCCUAUCUGAAUAAUCGCGUGGGAUAUGGAAAUGGAAUUGGAAUUGGAAUUGGAAUUGGAUCGAGUUCGUCGGUGAAUGGUGGGGGUGGGUUUUCUAGUGGCUUGUUGAAUGGCGGAAACUCAUCGCUAACGUACCCAAACCAGGUUCAAGCUAGGCCUGAUUUUUACAAUGCUGGUCCGUCUUCGUCUUCACCGUUCCGAUUUGGCUCAGCUGGCUUUCAUUCUUCGGGUUCUACAUUGGGUAAUGGGCUCUUUGGAAGCGGUAGCAGCUCUUACCCUAGUCUGAAUAGCAGCUCUUCGGGUUCUACAGUGGUUAAUGGGCUCUUUGGAAGCAGUAGCAGGUCUCACCCUAGUCUCAAUAGCAGCUCUUCGGGUGCUACAUUGGGUAAUGGGCUCUUCGGAAGCAGUAGCAGCUCUUACCCUAGUCUGAAUAACAGCUCUUACCCUAGCCUGAAUCCUGGUUACACCAACAAUGCUGCUAAUAGCUAUCGUGGGAUGAGGUUUUAUGAACAUCUCCUUAAUGGGUCGGCUCCCCCUCUCACCGGUGACUAUGGCUCAAUGAAUCAAACCCGUCCCACCGGUGACUAUGGUUCAAUGAAUCGAACUCACAAUGAGAAUAUUAAUGUUCCAACCAUGAGGACUACACCUUUAGAUAGUCUAGAUUUUAUGCGAGAGUUUCCUAUUCCACCAGUUGACAGUUCGACAUUGAUUCAAGGACUAGGAACUGGCAAUACAAGAUUGACUGAAAUUAAUUCUGAUCAGCUGCUGAACAAUGUUCCUAAUCUCGGCAAUGAACCACGAGGUGGUGAUGGUUUACUCCAAGACCUUGUGCUUGAGUCGAAAAAGUUAGCUAAUAAGGAGAAAGCUGGUGAGCAGAGUGUUGAGAAUUCCGACUAUUGCUUGCCUUCGUUGUUCCCGGAAAUCUAUCCGACAUUGGAUGAACUUCUCAACUGCGAUUUCCCCGAUCCCUUGUCCGAUGAAGAUAACCAUCCUUGGAGUGAAGAAGCUAUUGGGCAGGUUCAAAGUGAACUUGAAGAGCUGAUCAACAACCCCAACCCUGCUGCAGGCGAUGGUUCCAAUGAAUCCAACCCAGUCACUAAUAAGGCAAACUUCAAUUUCUAG